GGGAGUACGUUAGUUCUCAGCAAGCCUGUAUGACAGCACAACACACAUUUCGUUGGUGUACCAAGUCUAACGGGUCUUGUCUUACAAGUUCACGUUCUCGACAUGGUGGUCGCAAAUCAAACUUGGUUGGCAGUAAGUGAAAGGGUCACCAAAAUUCCCAAAUUGUAGGAAAUUAGUACUACUCACUGUAAAUGAAGUGAACACUGAGUAUCGUGAACUGAUUUAGUGAUAAAAACAUAGUUACAAACGUUCUUUUGACAAGAUACCUUACCAUAAUCACAACAUCGAAGUGUAAGUGAAAUAAUGGAUAUGGAACCAUUUCCCUUGGUAUUUUUCGUGAACGGAAAAAAGGUUAUCGAGAAGGAACCUGAUCCCGAAUGGACGUUGCUUUACUAUUUGCGCCGGAAAUUAAUGCUAUGUGGAACAAAGCUAGGAUGCGGAGAGGGAGGCUGCGGAGCUUGCACUGUCAUGAUUUCAAAAUUCGACAGAAAAAUAAACAAAGUAGUUCACUUAGCAAUAAAUGCUUGCUUAGCACCAGUCUGCUCAAUGCAUGGUUUAGCUGUAACGACAGUGGAAGGUAUUGGAUCCACGAAAACAAAACUUCAUCCAGUUCAAGAAAGGAUGGCCAAAUCGCACGGUAGUCAAUGUGGAUUUUGUACCCCUGGUAUUGUAAUGUCUAUGUACGCUUUGUUAAGAAAUGUACCACUUCCAAAAAUAAGCGACCUCGAGAAAACAUUUCAAGGAAAUUUAUGUCGGUGUACGGGGUACAGACCCAUAAUAGAGGGUUUCAAAACCUUUACAGAAGAUUGGGAAGUAAUGCAUUCUGAAAGUAUGUUCGGAAAACAAAAUGGCGCAUGUCAAAUGGGUGAUCAAUGUUGUAAAGUCGUGAACGGCGAUUGUGAAACAGAAGGUUACCUUCUCGACACCAAUAGCUUUUCACCAUACGAUCCGUCACAGGAACCUAUAUUUCCGCCAGAACUUAAGUUGUACGAUGAACUAGAGAAGCAAAGUUUGAUUUUUAAAACCAAAGAGGUCACGUGGUUCCGUCCUACAAAUCUAGAUGACUUUCUUGAGCUAAAAUCAAAAUACCCGGACGCUAAAAUAGUGAAUGGCAAUACGGAAAUUGGUGUUGAGGUGAAGUACAAACACUUCUCUUAUCCGAUUCGCAUACAAGGUACCGAGAUUCCAGAAUUGCGCAAUAUUACUUUUGAGAAUACCGGAAUAAAGUUUGGUUCCGCAGUUACCUUAACUAACGUCGAAAAUCUGUUGAAACAUCAAAUUGAGGUCCAACCGCAGUACAAAACCCGGAUUUUUGCAGCACUUGUAGACAUGUUGCAUUGGUUUGCAGGUCAGCAAAUUCGAAAUGUUGCGUCUUUAGGAGGAAAUAUUAUAACGGGAAGUCCAAUUUCUGACCUAAUUCCCAUUUUUAUCGCCUCAGAAACGGUGUUGGAGCUUUGUAGCGUGGCAGGAGUUCGAAGCAUCGUUAUGGACGAAAACUUCUAUUCGAGCUACCGCACGACCACCUUACGCAAAGAUGAGGUUCUGGUUGCAUUGACCAUUCCAUACUCAAAACCGAACCAGUACUUCUGUGCGUAUAAACAGGCGCGGAGGAGAGACGACGACACUGCUAUCGUCAAUUCCGCUAUCAACGUCACCUUUAAAGAAGCUAGCGAUGUCAUACAGACCGUGAAGAUCGCAUUUGGUGGAAUGGGACCAACCGUUCAGGUACCGCUAAAGACGUGCAAAUCGUUAAUUGGUCGAGCUUGGAAUAAUGAAACGCUGGAAAACGCUCUCCAUUCUCUGAUUGAAGAUUUGCCCCUCGCUCCAAGUGCUCCGGGUGGGAUGACCCAAUACAGAUGUUCGUUGUGUUUAGGCUUUAUGUUUAAAGCAUAUUUGGAAAUAUUAAAUAGCCUACCUAAUGGUCAACUAAACCCUAGAGAACUGAGCGCAAUAGAAUCGCACCACAGCAAAACUCCCAAAAGUUCUCAACUGUUUCAAAUUCAACCAUCAAGCAUAAAAACGGACACCAUCGGUCGACCUAUUCCGCACGUUUCUGGCGAAAAACACGCAACGGGUGAGGCUGUUUACUGCGACGACAUUCCCGAGUAUAAAAAUGAACUGUACCUCGGCUUAGUUUUGAGUUCUAAAGCGCACGCGAAAUUCUCAAUGGACGCUUCCGAUGCUCUCAGCAUGGAUGGCGUGCACCUGUUCCUCUCUGCCAAAGACCUUACCUCUCAGAAUAACUCUACGGGACCUUCGAUUGACAACGUAGUUUUCGUGGAGAACACGAUAACGUCCCAAGGGCAAGUAUUGGGGGCCGUCGUUGCGGAUAAUCAGACAAUAGCGCAGAAAGCCGCGCGAAAAGUGAAGGUGACUUACGAAGAGCUACAGCCCAUAAUAGUAUCAAUCGAAGAUGCUAUAAAACAUAACUCGUUCUUCACUGACGUGCUAAAUCCUCGUGUAAUGGAAGCUGGGAACGUGGACGAAGCAUUUGCGAAUGCCCCUCAUAUCAUAGAGGGUGAAUGUAGAUCCGGUGCUCAAGAGCAUUUCUAUUUGGAAACCCAGUCGACGCUGGUUGUGCCAAAAGAAGGUGGUGAACUGGAGGUGUUUUGCGCUACUCAAUUUCCUCGGCAAAUAAACCACUUUAUUAGUAGCUCAGUAGGUGUUCCCCAACAUAAAAUUAACAUUAGAGUGAAACGGUUAGGAGGAGCAUUUGGAGGAAAAGAGCAUAGGCCGGCGGUCAUCGCGGUACCAGCCGCCUUAGCUGCACAUCGUCUAGGAAGGCCGGUGAGAUGUAUGCUCGAUCGCGAUGAAGACAUUAUCAUUACCGGCGGCAGGCAUCCCUUCUACAUGAAAUACAAAACGGCCUUCGAUGAAACUGGCAAAAUUCUUGCAUGCGAAAUCUACUUGUACAACAAUGGCGGUUUUGCUAGCGAUAUGUCGGAUCUGGUAAUGCUAAGGGCUUUACUUCACUUUCAAAAUUCGUAUCAUAUUCCAAACGUACGGGCUUUUGGCUACGUUUGCAAAACCAAUAUACCAUCCAAUAUGGCAAUGAGAGGUUUUGGAGCGCCGCAGGGUAUGCUUGCGGGGGAAUUUAUGGUUAGACAGAUCGCCGAAGUACUUGCGAAGCAAUCACAUGACAUUGCAAAGUUAAAUAUGUUAAAAGUAGGCGACGUCACACACUACAACCAAAAGAUUGAACGUUGUGCUGUCGGCAGAUGUUGGGACGAAUGCAUUUCAAACUCAAACUUCUACCAACGCAAAUUAGAUGCGGACAAAUUUAAUCGAGAGAACCGGUGGAGAAAACGCGGCAUCACUGUUGUACCAACGACAUAUGGUGUCGGUUAUGAUAUCGCAUUAAUGAAGCAAGCGGGUGCACUGAUUAAUAUUUACACAGAUGGAUCUGUGUUACUAACCCAUGGAGGAAUUGAGAUGGGGCAAGGUUUACAUACAAAAAUGAUCCAGGUGGCGAGUAGAGUUUUGGAAAUUCCAUGUGAUAGAAUAUACACCAGCGAGGUAUCUUCCAGCACUGUCCCCAAUCCAACGCAAACUGCCGGGAGUGUGUCGUCGGAUCUGAACGGAAUGGCCGUUCUGAAUGCUUGCGAAAUAAUAAAUUCACGUUUGGAACCGUUCAAGAUAGCCAAUCCAAAAGGGAAAUGGGAAGAUUGGAUUUUAGCAGCGUAUAACGAUAGAGUGAACUUAUCGGCAACAGGAUUCUACAAAACUCCAACGUAUGAAGGGGAACAUUACGAAUAUUAUACCACUGGGGCCGCAUGUACCGAAGUUGAGAUCGAUUGUCUUACAGGAGAUCAUCAAGUUUUAAGAACUGACAUAGUCAUGGACAUAGGAGAAAGCUUAAACCCCGCUGUGGAUAUCGGCCAAAUCGAAGGAGCAUUUAUCCAAGGUUACGGCCUGUACAUGCUUGAAGAAUUAAUGUUUUCGCCCGAUGGAAGCAUACUGACUAAAGGUCCCGGCAGCUACAAAUUGCCAGGAUUUACAAGCAUUCCUACGGAAUUUAAUGUCGCGUUACUCAGAGGAUCUUCAAAUCCAAGGGCAAUCUACUCUUCUAAGGCAAUUGGCGAACCGCCCCUCUUUUUGGCGAGCUCUGUGCUGUUUGCAGUAAGAGAAGCUAUUAAAUCUGCAAGAUCUGAUGCCGGUGUGUCUCCGACUGAGUUUAAUUUGUUCGCCCCGGCCACGUCUGCAGUAAUACGCAUGGCCUGCGAAGAUCACAUGACCAAGAAGGUAAACGUUAAUGCACCUGAGCCUGACUCUUUCGUCCCCUGGAAUGUAACCGCCUGAGCAAAAGUUUUGCACGGGAUUAUUAAAACGAACAAGGAAGGUGCGAAAAUUUGAGAAUUUAUAAUAAUAUAUUUAUUGCCUAAUGUUUAUAAAAUAUACGUAAUUGUUGAGAACCAAA